CCCUUCGAUCCGGGGUUUGUUAUUGUUGUGUGUUAUGUUACGCCGCCCGUUCACCGACGUUUGAUUCCGCAAUUUUAUUUACAAUGUUCCUCCGUCAACGCACCUCCGUUCAACAUUUAAUCAACAUUUCCCGUUACGUGUCCAGCCCUUCCUCAACCAACUCAGGAGCGGCUGCCAUCCGGCAGUCCAACAGCAGUGUUCAGCUCCAGCGACUUCUUCCCGCUGGGAGCCAAACCUCGUUUCUAGCGCGGAGAACCUAUUCCACCGGAAGCCAGGACCAGGAUGCGGCUCCACGAAAACCGCGCAGCCUGCCGCGGCUAAUGGACUUUCCGGAACUCGUAUGGCCGUCCGUCAUAAAGACCGUCAAGAACUGGAUCAUGGUGCACUUUAUCAUCCGGCCGUACUUUGAUCGGGAGUUCACCCUGCCGGACUUUGUCCAGGGUGCCAAGCAAGCGCUGCAGGUCGUGUCGGCGUCGCUGGCCGGCGGAGAACUUAAGAAUUUGGAUGGGCUCGUCGAACGGCAAACGCUGAACGACCUGAAGACGGCCGUCGGAAAGAUGUCUGUUGCGCAACGGUACGACCUGAUGGUGGCCAAGGAGGAUAUUUACUUUUCCUUUCCUUAUCAGGUCGGCGUCAUGUUUGACGAAGAGGAUGAAGAGAGUCAGAAGAGGUUUGUCGAAAUUACCAUGGUGUUCCACGUGCUCAAAGGACUGAAGGGAAUGAUUGAGCGGGGUGACCAGAUACCGUUGAAUAUUGGGGUGAUGCCCGAGUUCCGGGACAAGAUCUGCAUCUGCAACUAUCGGUUCAUCAAGGAGUUCACCAAGGGCGUCGAUUCGGACUGGACCGUCAACAUUGUGAAUCACUUCAAAGCGAGCGACCUGGCCGAGGAAGCGAAUCAGUAAGGAGAUGCCUGGCCUGACCUCAGGUUUCGGACCGACCGUAGCUUUCUAGUGAGACAAAGUGUAUAUUUUGUGAAUAAAUGAGAAGCAGAAAAAAACCAACUUGAAA